AUGGCAUUCAAGUACGUCCUGUUGUCCUUCUGCGCUCUGGUGGGCGUGGCAAGUGCCGGCUUCCUGGCUCCGGCCACCACCUAUGCCGCUGCCUCCAUUCCCGUGGUGGCCAAGGUGGCCCAGCCCCACUACGAUGCCGUGGGAACCACCCAGCAGAAUGUGGUCCGCUCCUUCGGCGGCACUGUGUCCACCUACUCCAAGAACGUGGUCACCCCGUACUCCAGUGUCAGCAAGGUGGACUCCCGCACCACCAACAAUGUGUACACCCCCAAGACCCUGUACUCCGCACCUGCUCCCGUGAUCACCAAGUCCUUCUACACCGCUGCUCCUGCUCCAGUCGUGGCCAAGACUGUCUACUCCGCUCCUGCUCCCGUCUAUGCUGCUCCCGCUCCCGUCGUGGCCAAGACUGUGUACUCCGCUCCGGUGGCCAAGACUGUCUACUCCGCUCCUGCUCCCGUCUACGCUGCUCCCGCUCCAGUUCUGGCCAAGACUGUGUACUCCGCGCCAGCUCCAGUUCUGGCCAAGACUGUGUACUCCGCUCCUGCUCCAGUUGUGGCCAAGACCGUGUACUCCGCGCCAGCUCCAGUUCUGGCCAAGACUGUCUACUCCGCUCCUGCUCCAGUUUACCACGCUCCUGCUCCUCUGGUGGCCGCUGCUCCCGCCGCCUAUGUGAAGUACUCGCCCGCCGCCGUGGUUGCCCACGCCAGCUUCGAUGGAUUCGGAUCCCACUGGGGAUACUAG